AUGACAAAGUUGCUGAAACGUAGAGGAGGAUUUUCCGAGGACACCAGGUGGCGACAAUUAUUAUUUACUCUGAAAAUAAUUUAUGAAAUGGAAAAAAAGGGGCUAGAUUUUACUUGCGGAAAGAGUAGAGACAAUGAAAGUCAAUGCACAUGGCAACGGAGAAUGAGAGGAUCUAGUGAUACGUCUGGUAACGAAAAAUCGGUGUCAAAGGACAUUGCUCCCGGCGAAGAUGGAAUUUCGCUGGUCAACUCAUCAAAAAAGUGUGCAGCAACCGAAUUGUACGUAGACAACAAAGUUGAAACAGGAAAGGAAACCAGCAUACCCCAGAAACUUACCAAGACGGUUACAAAUAAUAUGCAGGCGGAAACGAUUCCAAGGCACGAGAGUUCGGGCGAAAACGGUUCAACAAUACAAGAAUCAUCACAAUGUUUUACAGAGGAUUCAAAUAAAACUUCCAACUUAGAAGUUGGUGCUGAAAUAGCGAGCAAGAAAAAUCUUAGUGACAAUCUAACUUCGACUGGUCAGAACACUAGAAUGUUUGGUAGUGGUUACAUACCAGCAAUCAUCAAAAUAUUUGGUAGUUCGAUUUCGAGCAUAUCUCAAUUACAGAACAAA